UGUGUGUGUGGCUUGGAGCUCGGAGCAGACCACCACAGAAGAAGAGCUUGUGUUCCUCCGAGUCUCCCGGACUCUGCCGGUAGUUGCGGUGUGUUUGUGGCCGCGAUGGGCUGCUUGCUCUCGGCGGAGGCUCCGGGCUGCGGUCAGCCGGAUGAUGAUGAUGAUGAUGAUGCGGCCCAGGUGCGCCUGAGCGCGGAGAGCCGGCAGGUGAUCCGACAGAGCUGGAGGGAGAUCCGGGAGGACGUCAGCAGGGUCGGAGUCAUCAUGUUCGUCAAGCUGUUUGAGACUCACCCGGAGAGUAAAGACGUCUUCUUCAUGUUCAGAGACGUUGAGGAUCUGGAGACUCUGAGGACCAGCAGAGAGCUGAGAGCCCAUGGACUCAGGAUCAUGUCCUUCAUUGAGAAGACGGUUGCCAGGAUCGACCAGGACGAGCAUCUGGACCAGCUGAUCCUAGAUCUGGGCAGGAAGCACUACCGCUACAACGCCCCGCCAAAAUACUACAAAUUUGUGGGGGCGGAGUUUAUCCGAGCCGUCCAGCCAAUCCUGAAUGAGCGUUGGAGUUCAGAGUUGGAGGAGGCCUGGAAGGCAUUGUUCCUGUACAUCAGCUGCACCAUGAAGAGAGGCUUCCAGCAGGAGCAGAGAAACCAGAGACACACCUGACACCUGGUCUGUCCACCAGCCUCUUCACCAAUCUGUCCACCAGUCUGUCCACCAGCCUCUUCACCAGCGUGUCCAGCAGUCUGUCCACCAGCCUCUUCUUCACCGUGUCCACCAGUCUGUCCACCAGUCUG